CGUCUGCGGCAGCCUUGCUCUCGCUGCCGCUGCUCCCACCUCGCCGAACUCGACAUCAUCCUACCAGCAGCAGCAGAACCAGCAGGCGCUGCUGCUGGAGGACUGGACGCUGGUGCUGCGAGACGGAGUGGACCCGGUUGCGUUCGCAGCCGCGCUGUGCAGCGCAGCAAACCCGUUGCGCAAGCUGCACGUCUACGAAUGCGACGAACGCGGCGUCUACAGCGUCCUGCUGCGCGGCAUGUCAGGCCGCUUCACGCGCGCCGGCGUGCGGGACGUCCAGCGCGCCUACAAGGCCUCGCUGGAUCACGUGGCUGGGGCGCAGGCGUUCGGGGUGGGGGAUGAGCUGGUGACGCCGGAGGACCGGCGGCGGCUGCGCGCCCUGCUGGCGGCGGAGCUGCAGCAGCAGCCGCUGGGGGCGGACGGGGAGGGGAAUCUUGAGGAGGGGCAGCAGGACCAGCAGCCGGCUUCGCCAGCAAGAGACGCAGGCGAGGCGGAGGCAGAAGCGAAUGCGGAGGCGGAGCUCAGCGGGCCGUCGUCUGGUGCUGACCCACAUGGACAGCCGCAGCCGCAGCCGCGGCCGCAACCCCACGCCCGUGCGCGGCUGCUGCCGGAGCAGCUGGACCCGGUGACGUGGGGCCUGGACCGCAUCGACCAGGCCUCAUUGCCGCUGGACGGAGCCUACUACUAUGACGGAUACGGCACGGGCGUGACCGCCUAUGUGGUGGACUCGGGCGUGCGCGGCAGCCACACCCAGUUCCGGCCGCUGCUGCCGCCCGCGCAGCAGCCCGCCGCCCCCACCGCGCCCCGCGCCGUCAGCCCCUCCGGCCCCAGCCGCGUGCAGCACGGCUACUCCGUCUUCACUGCUACUGCCGGCGGCCUCGGCGGUAGCGGCGGCGGGGACAGCGAUUGCUACGGCCACGGCACGCACGUGGCGUCGCUGCUGGGGGGCGUGGAUUACGGCGUGGCGAAGAACGUGACCAUCGUGCCGGUGCAGGUCCUGGACUGCAACGGCAACACCAGCGAAACUCUACUGAAGCAGGGCCUGGAGUGGGUGGGCCGCAACCUGGUGCUGCCGGCGGUGGUGCACAUGAGCCUGGAAGGCGGCUACAGCGCCGCGGUGAACGCCAUGGUGGACAGCCUCACCGCGCUGGGCGCCGUGGUGGUGGCCUCGGCCGGCAACAGCAACCGGGACACGUGCGCGGUGUCGCCCGCCUCGGCGCAGUCGGCGGUGGCGGUGGCGGCCGUGGAGGCGGACGGCACACGCUGGUACCGGUCCAACUGGGGCUCCUGCGUGGACCUGUUCGCCCCCGGCGUCAGCCUGCUGGCCGCCGUGCCCUGGACCGACAGUGCCUCGGGGCUCAAGACCGGCACCAGCAUGGCCGCGCCCUUCGCCAGCGGCGUGGCGGCGCUGUACCUGGAGAGCCACCCCGGCGCCACCCCGGGCGACGUGGCCCAGCGGCUGCUGCGCUCCGCACUAGCCGGCGCCGUGGCUGACGACCGCUACGGCUACGACUCGUUCACGCCCAACCCCAACCCCGUGCCGCGGGCCUGGGACCCGCUGGACAUCAGCGCCACACCCAACCGGCUGCUGCAGUCGCGACUGGCCGUGCCGCUGAGCCUUCAGCCCAGCGUGGUGACGAUCACUUCCACCGACAACGACUUCACAACCAGCAGCCAAUACCGCCGCCGACACCUGCUCGACGCCCUGUCCACAAGUGCCGCCGACAGCGCCGCCGCCAACCGCACCAGCACCAGCGGCAGUAGCACCAGCGGCGGCAGCAACAGCAGCGGUAGCAGCAACGGCAGUAGCGGCAACAGCGGCAGUGGCCCCGCAGUGGCCAGUCUGGGUGUGUCCACUACUGCCUUCACCGCCAGCGGCAGCAGCGAGGGCGGCGGCGUGGACAUCCGCCUGGCGCUGCUGCUGCAGCCCAAUGCGCAGGUGAACGUGACGCCGGUGGUGCCGGCGGGCUGGGACGGGCGGCCGCUGGCGGACGUGUUCCCGCCGCGCCUGGAGUUCGGGCCGGGCGACGCCGUGGGCGCGGCGCGCGCGAUGCGGCUGGCGCCCAACCCCGGCGCGGCGCGGGGCGGCUCGUACCACGUGCAGCUGCUGAUGAGGAGCGCGGACCUGCGCUUCGACUUCGCGGUGCAGGACAUACGCGUGGACGACAACCGCAGCCAGGUGGGCGAGGACGCGGGCUCCCCCCGCGUCAUCUCCUCGCUGCCCUUCAACGACAGCGGCAACACAGCCACGGGCGGCUUCAGACACGACUACACCACCUCUCCGAACAACCCGCUGGACACGGCGCCGGACGUGGUGUACGCCUUCACCCCCGGCGCCCCCAUGGCCGUGUCCGUGCGCACGUGCGGCUCGGGGUACGACACGGUGCUGCUGCUGGGGCGGCUACAGCCGGGGCUGCCGGCGGCGCAGCAGCUACAGCUGGCGGACACGCUGGCGAACGACGACGACCCGAGCUGCGUGAGCCCGGGCAACCCGGCAGCGGGCAGUAACUCGCGAAUAGACACGGAGCUGGAGGCGGGGGUGACCUACCUGAUAGCGGUGUCGGGGUUCAACGGCGCGGCGGGGCCCUUCGUGGUGAGCGUGAGCUGCGGCAGCUGCCAGCCGCAGGCGGCGGGGCAGCCGGCGGCGGCGGCGACGACGCGCAGGUAGUGCGUGGGAUACGUGUAGCGUUGGAGGGCCCCGUGCGCUGCCCUUGACCGGGGUGAUGGGAUGCGCGGUGGGGUGUUUCCCGUGCUCGUGUGGCUCAUGUGUGACGAGGCCGCGCAUGAAGAAGGACAUGCACGCAACGGGACGUAUGCCGUUGGCAGGAGACGUGUGGCCUCGGCGUUUUGUAUUUCGGUGCGUGUCAUCGCCAGCAUGUCUGUGGGUGCGGGCGGCUGUGCCUAGGCCGCGCACGAUGCUGGCUACGCCGGGGGUACCUGGCCCUGAUUCCAACGCUGAAGAGGAGCUGAGAUGUGGCGGUGUGGCUGUGCGGUUUCAUUGCAUCACCUUGCGAGGUAGCGAGGCUGCGUGCUGGCUGUGUGCCAGUCGAUACUGGCAGACAGGCACCCAUCACAAUGUGCCAAUCGUGAGGUAACAUACUAACAUGCAUGUGAGGAGCGACACAUGUCUGGGUGUGGCGCACCCCCUGGCACACGGUACGCAGCAAGGGUUCACGCCUCAUGACCAGUUGGUAUCAUCAUGGCCUCAUCAAUGGUAUCAUAAGACCAUUCCGCACUCCGGUCUGGCCUGGCCUCAUGUUGGGCCCUGAUAGCAUGUGAUGGCUCGGCGUCUUCGGGUGCUGGGACUGUCCCCUCUGUAACAUCCGCAUUCA